AUGGAAAUAAAAACCAAAUAUCGUAUACCUCACGACUUGGGACAGCCAUAUGGCGAACCAUGGGUGCAAACAAACUCCUACAUACUGCACGAUACAGCAAUGUGGCGAGAUCUCAACCUCAAAUUCGUACUUGCUUGCUGGCGAGAUUAUAAGUUGAUAGUGGAAAAGUACUUCAAGCCUCGAGAUGCGGAGGAAAUCCUCCAGUACUUCUACAACAAAAGCGAGAUAAUUGUUCGUAAUGCCCUACAGGACUGGGACGUUGACGACGAUGGAAUGAUCGAAAACUCAGGAACAGCUGAUCAAACUUACGACGUGUGGACAAUGACUGGCACAAGUGCCUACUGUGGUUCUCUUUGGUUGGCAGCACUGAGUUCCAUCUUAUCGAUGGCGAAGAAACUCGGUCAUGAGGACGAUGAACAACGCUUCGAGGAUCUGCUGGAUAAAGCGAAAAAUGCGUUCGUGAAAAAACUUUGGAACGGAAAGUACUUCAACUUCGACGAGUUUUCGCCAAACCAAAGUUUAAUAAUGGCAGAUCAGUUAUGCGGCGUAUGGUUCCAGACAAUGAUGGAAGGAGAGGAUCUCAUUUCUGAAGCACAGGUCUUGUCUACCUUGGAGAUUAUCUACUCACACAAUGUCAAAAGGUUUGCAUCGGGAAACAUGGGACCUGUUAAUGGAAUGUUCAAAAAUGGCGAGGUUGAUUCGACUAUGCAAGGCGAGGAAGUAUGGACUGGAACGGGAUACAGUGUCGCUUCAUUUAUGAUAGCAAAGGAUAAGCUACGUAACGGCUUCGAUACGGCUCGGGGAAUUUACGAAACGUGCUGGAAUCGAGCAGGGCUUCAGUACCAAACACCCGAAGCAAUAUACGAGGAGAAGCAUUAUCGAGCCAUUGGUUAUAUGCGACCAUUAGCUAUCUGGGCAAUGCAACAUGCUCUCGAGAUGAAGGCUAAGCACUGA